CUCGCAUUAGAGUUGUAGAUGGGAGUUGUACGCCAGAGUACCAUGCAGUCGGAGCAAGCAGGAGCGAACACCCCUCAUUCUACUUGAGCCCUCGAUUCUAUGCGUGUCCGCGUGCUCGUCAGGCACGGUUGAAUGUGUCGCAUCACAUCUCAGUCUGCGCCUGCAUCUCAAUCUUAUAUCUUCCCACCUUCACACCCCUACUCCGGUCGGUACUGACGCCAACCUCCCUCGCAUAAAACACCACGAUGAUCAAAGAACUUCUGACAUACUUUGCCUUUCCCGGCGUCUCCAACCGGGAUGCAUCGCCAUACAUUCAGCGCCUCCGACGCACCGACGCAGUCGGCGAGAUAGAAUAUGUUGUCUUGAUCGCCCCUGAAUCCCCCACCGUCGUCUUCGUCUCUCACGGGCGCCUCCGGGCGCUCGACACAACGGGCGUCGAACAGUGGAAGUCUCUUGCCGGGAAGCGCGGGGUGUCGGUGGUGCUACACAACUACCCCGGAUAUGGGGGCACGGCGGGCCCCGCCACGGAGGAGCGCCUGUGCGCCGAUGCGCUGCAGCUGGUGACGUUCGUUAUGGAGCUCAAAUGGGCCGCCGGGAAGAGGUUGUGUUUACUCGGGAACUCGGUUGGUUGUGGUCCGACUAUGUGGUUGGCCGCCCAGCAGCAGUUGGAUGCGGACCGGGUGGUGCUCGUCUCGCCAUACACAAGUAUCAGCGCACUAACUCCCUUCUGGGUGCUCCUCUAUCUCGCGAAAUACCUCCACGUGUCGAUCCCCACCUCAUGGAAACUCUGGCUCGGCAGUCCCGCCCACCUGAAGUGGGUGCAAGGCGCCCGCUUCGAUCCGUUCCCGCCGAUCGCGCUGGCUCGGCGCCUGGCAAAGGGCACGAAUGUACUACUCGUCCACGGCGAGGACGAUACUACCGUGCUCGUUUCGCACACCUACGAACUAAACGCAGUCCUCCAAACCGUCCCCGCGGUGAACACUACAGUGUGUAUAAUACCUGGAACAGAGCACAAGGACACACGACUGCGCGGCGACGACGCGAUCUGGGCGUUCGUUAAGGGCCAGGAUGCGGAGCUGCGGAGUGCGAUCGAUGGAAUCGUGAAGGGUGGUGUUGUGAAGGUGGAUAACGCAGUGGGAACGGAUUGAGUCCAUUGGGCACAAAUCGGUGGGGGCGUGGGGGCGGGGGAUGGCGUUCCGGCUGGUACUUUGCUUUUUCUUUUCUUCUUUUCUUCUCUUUAGAUGCGUGGAGUUGGGGGGUGCAGUUACCUACUUAGAGCGCUACAAGUUCGUAAUGUGUAUGUUUGUAAUAUGUUCGCAGAACUGUGGCAGGUGCACGCUGCAUCGAGAUUUUGCGGUUGCGGUCACUCAAGACUCAUAUUUUCUGCGCACCGUGAGGUCUGCCGCUAUGCGCACACAACCCGAGUGACUGGGCGGAGGGCGUAG